UGGAAAGGGAGAGAAUGUCAGUCAUUGAGCAAACCAAGCGCUGAGCGGCAGCACUGCAUCUAAAACACUGUUUGCGAGCGGCACAUCUACCUUUUAGAUACAAUCUCUGCCUUUUCUUCGUUAUUCCUCGACUCCACGCAGAUUCCCUUUCUCUCAGCGGUACAUGCAACUGACACCACUCUGAACACAAGAGCUGGUGACAGCCUGCCUCUCCACACCGCAACAUUGCAGCGAGGUGUUACUACUUUCCUUCCCAUGCGACUCCGUUAUCUCCGGUGCUUUCGCCAACCUGCCACUGAAAAGUUUCGGUUGUGAGGAUAAACGAAUAUCUAGGACCUUCAAAGGGAUUGUUUAUAACAAAACGGUGACCUGAGGAGGAUGACCCCACAGUGAGACUGGAACCUUCCGUGAGGACCCACCUUCCCCUGACCUGCGUGUCCAGAGCCUCCUCCCGCACCCCGGACACACCGCCCCACUCCUUCUUCUCUCAGCCCCUCCUCUGGGCCCAGGACCCCCCCACCCCAGGUACCAGGAUGGACCUGCACCGGGCCGCUUUCAAGAUGGAGUCGUCCUCCUACCUGCCCAACCCUCUGGCGUCCCCGGCACUCAUGGUGCUGGCAUCCACCGCCGAGGCCAGCCGCGAUGCCUCCAUCCCCUGCCAGCAGCCCCGCCCCUUCGGCGUGCCUGUCUCCAUGGGCGAAAAGGACAUGCACCUGCCCUUCAACAACGGCUCCUACACCUUCGCCUCCAUGUACCACCGUCAGGGAGCCGUUCCCGGGGGCUUCCCCAACCGGGACUUUCCCUCCUCCCUGCUGCACCUGCAUCACCAGUUCGCCCCUCCAAAUCUGGACUGCUCCCCCAUCAGCAUGCUGAACCACAGCGGGGUGGGGGCCUUCCGACCCUUCGCCUCCCCUCCAGAGGACCGCGACGGGGCAGGGGGCUAUCAAUCAGCCUUCACCCCAGCCAAGCGCCUCAAAGGCUGCCUGGAUGUAGACGCCUCUCCCCACCUGCGCUACACGGACGCUGAGGGUAAAGAGUAUGACUUUGGGGGCGCACAGAUCCCCUCCAGGUCCCCAAGCGCCCUCAAAGCAGUUGAGGAUGCUGGGAAAAAGAUUUUUGCAGUGUCAGGCCUAUUGUCCGACCGUGAGACGUCAUCAAGCCCAGAGGACCGCAUCGAACGCUGUAAGAAGAAGGUGUCUCUGUAUGACAGCCAGGCCCCCAUCUGUCCUAUCUGCCAGGUGUUGCUGCGUCCAGGAGAGCUGCAGGACCACAUGGAGCAGGAGAUGGAGCGCCUCACACACAUGCACCUCAGUAAGAACCCAUCACACGGACACAAGGACGGCAGUUUGGCUCCAGGAACUCCUAAGUCCAUGCUGUUGUCGGUGCACAUCAAACGCGAGGGAGAGUCACCAGUGGUCUCCCCUCUUUCCUCUGAAGACGCCCACCACUCCGACAGAUACCAGACAUUUUUACGAGUGCGGGCAAAUAGGCAAACCCGAUUGAAUGUCGAUGACCUCUGCUGGUGCAGGCGCUACGCCAAGGAAAGUGUCAAAAGUGCUCCCCUUGGACUGCACAACGGAGCCCCCCUUGCCCCCUGCUGCAUUCGCCACGCCCGGAUUGGGAAGAUGAAGCGCCGGAAGCCAGAGGAUGGGCAGGUAUGUCCACUGUGCAGCGCGCCGCUGGCAGGGACAGAGGAGGAGAUGAGUAGGCAUGUGGAACAAUGUCUGUUCAAGAGGGAGGGUGCGUUUGCUGAGGAUGACUCUGCAGACAUGGACGGAGAGAACGGGACCCGCUUCGAGGAGUACGAGUGGUGCGGCCAGAAGAGGGUCAGAGCUACCACCCUGCUGGAAGGAGGCUUCAGAGGAACAGGCUUUGCCAUGUGCAGCACGAAGGAGAACCACGACAGCGACGCCGACCUUGACGUGGAUGGAGACGACACACUGGAGUACGGCAAGGCCCAGUACACUGAGGCAGACAUCAUUCCCUGCUCCGGAGAGGACCAAGGAGAAGCCAAAGAACGGGAAGCCCUACGCGGCGCAGUGUUGAAUGGUGGAAUGCCAUCCAACAGAAUAACGCCAGAGUUCUCCAAAUGGGCCAGUGAUGAGAUGCCCUCUACGAGCAACGGGGAGAGCAGCAAGCAGCAGCUGCCUCAGGAGCCCAACGCCGCCUGCUCAUCCUCCAACGCGCCCCGGACCUGUAAAAACAGCGAAAUAGAGAAGAUCACAGAGGGCUCGACAGCCACCACGUUCGAAGCACUAAAGGCUCGUAUCCGGGAACUGGAGAAACAGAUCCUACGAGGGGACAGAUAUAAGUGUCUCAUCUGCAUGAGGAAAAGAUUCCAAACAGACAGGGCUGAAGACAAGAAUCUGGGCCAAUUGGGGCGGGCCCUCGCGGUAACAGCGCCCAAUGAGAGGCGGUUUGCUGAGAGCUCAAAGCCCCUCCCCCCGCUGAGCAUUUACUGUUUGUAUAGAGGCUACGUUAUGGGCUGCAGCGGCGGCGGGAUUAAACGGCUGCUCCCGCUCCGGAGGGACUCGUACACGAUGCCCCUCACCUCCAUCCAGUGCUGGCACGUCCACUGUGAGGAAUGCUGGCUCAGGACUCUGGGAAACAAGAAACUGUGCCCACAAUGCAACACCAUCACGUCGCCAGGAGAUCUAAGGCGCGUCUACAUGUGAAGUAGACGGCGCCUGCCCUGACCGGCCUCCACCUCCACCUCCAACCCCCUCCUCCCUCCAUGUUUUCCUCUUAAUAUUUCCAUUUGCUCUCACCGUAUUUGUUUUUCUUGACCUUGCGUGGGCCUGGGUUUGUGAAGCCCCCAUCAGAGCUUAGAGGGAUUAAACUGAUGUCUUGAAUGACUCUUCAGACCAGGGGAGGACUGACUGAUAAACCAACCAGCCAUGGGGACAGAACCAAACCAAGUAGUAUUCUCAGAAUGACUAACCAACCACCCCUCACUGGCUCCCUGCGCUCUAGUGGUGGGUGGUCUAGUCCAGUCAAAUACCCUCCACCCUGCCCUCUAGUGGUGGGUGGUCUACUCCAGCCAGAUACCCUCCACCCUGGCUGACACUUCUGGUUCUGUGUGUUUGAUCCUGUAGCUCCCAGACGACCCAGCUUUACACUGCUGUGUUACUCACUGAGCCCCCCUCCUUUCGCCACACCAUCAUCCCUGCGGAGAGGUGUGUUCAGGUGGGAGGAGGUGGUGGUGUAACUCGCUCUGUGUGGAAAACCCCAUCUUGGUUCAAGCCAUCGGGACAGCCAAGCUAGACAUUGAGCUGGCCGCCGGUCGUCGCACCCUGCUUGAAGGCCUGGUAAGGGGGAAAGGAAAACGAUCAACUCUUUCAGCUUUCAACCAAACCAACAACCUCAGAACAUCCAGGAGAUCCUCCUCUUCUUUUCAACCUCCUUUUCCCUUCCUUCUUCAGUUGUGGUGUUAUAGUGAAGUCAACCAAAUCCCAAGGAUCAGUGCAAGCACAUGUAUAAUAGUCUGUGUAUGUUUACAGUGUUGUGUGUAAAUGACAUAGAGGUUACACUUGUAUACAUAUGUACGCACACACACACACACACACACACACACACACACACACACAGAAGUAUAUAUUAUUAAAGUCCAGUUUUUCUUUAGAGUUUUGGUGAGGGGGAAAAGGAUGUUUAAAAAAUGGCCGAAAAGAAACCCCUCUGUAUUUUUAAACCAACGUUGUCGUCUUGAGGUUGAAGUUGAACUAUUUCAUUGUACAGGAAUACAUUUAAAGUAAUAAUAAUAAAACUACUCAAUUAGAAAUUCAAGGUUUAGAUGGUGUACAUUUUUCAUUCAACUAUACAGUAAAAGCUAUAGAAGAAUUAAACCUAAAGCAAGGAGAUAAUUUUUUUAAAUUAUUUUUUGGGGAUGUAAAGAUUCAAAUGGCUCUAACCCUAGACUAGGAGAGAUGAUGGCUUUGAAUUGUUACAGAACUGCAACGCUGGCCAAACAAACCGCUGUUUUCAAAAUCACAACCUGGAACGCAGUUGUAAAUUCCACCUCCGCUUCUUGUCCUCAGUUGUACAGCAUACAUGCUGAUCAUAUCACUUUGCUGAUCACUUUGAUUUUCUGUUUUGCCUGCUCUGAUAAAGCCUCAUAAAAUGCUUGUCCUCCAGAAAUGUUUGAGUGUUCCUUCCAUUGUGCUACCCAGCAAAGGCUCCAACCUGGCAACUCGUAAAGGCAGGUCCUUCCCAUCUGUAAGGGAAAAGAGGAGUGGGCCUUCAUGUUGGGUUGGGUUGGGUUGGCCCAGCCAACUGACUGCCCAAGCCCAGUCACUGAACACUACCCCACAGCAAGGUGGCGUGCUUUGUAUUUGUAAAACUAUGUAUCCUGUGAUGUCUGUAUUGAUGUAUGCUGACAAAAAAUAAAGAAGUGAAAGGUUUAUGACUGAAUUCAAACCCCCAACAGAAACCCUGCAGAUAUAUUAACACGUGUACAGAAAGCUUCCAUUUUCAGUGAAGGGGAACAAUAGACAAAGACUUUAGUCACAAAUGCAAAGAUUUUGAUAUUUCAGUCCAGACCUGGUUUCUCUUCAUGGACUACUGUUUUCAGAACUGUCUCCAGUUUAGUGCUUAUUGCAUUUUUUGUUUAGGUCUAAGAUUAUUUCAUCUCCAUCCAUUGUUGAUUUAGAUGCUAUUUUACAAUGACUAUUUGAUUGAUAAUGAUGGCUACAAUGUAGACAUACAGCAGGUUUGUUUUCAUAAAAGCAGUACACAUCUUUAGUAGAGUAUUGUUUCUAUAAAGGGUAUGUUCUGGAGCAGCCUGUUAAAAGGUAUGAUCACAGGCUCGUAGCACCUCCAAAGGAUCUGUAGAAUUGUUCCACAUUGUUACAAAGUUAUUUUCCCAAUACCUCUGUUCAUACAGUACAUGUAUGUAUAGGUUUUGUUCUAGUUUCACUUUGCAGUCACAUUUACAGGUAACCAUGCAUAGGCAAAUGAACACUUAAAGCUGUGCUACAGUACGUGUGGGGCACCUUUGAACCCGUAAUAGGCUUAUUGCACCUGUGUGUCAAGACGAGCUGUGACUUCUGUGAAUCGGCUUCACAAUACUGUUGAGAAUUAAGGGUUAAGCUCUUCUCUCACUUUGCGGUUACUUCCUUCAACUGGAGAUUUAUUUCAACCUGCCCCAAAGAUGACAAAUUGCACAAGAUGAUUGUGUCAAAUAAUUUGUGUCUUGUAUAUUCUUGAAAAUGGUACGUGUCUUUCCCGUUUGUAAACUACAUUUGACAUUAAUUAAAUGAUUGUAAAUCUUAA